UCUGGUCUGAAAUUUGAAAUCGCUUUGGUCGUGUGAUCGUUCAACUUCAAUAGUCGCUUACCUCUAGUAAGUAGUAACAAUGUAACAUAGCUAACGAACGUUACCAAGUAGAAAAGGCCCAGAAGACAAUUAAUCAUAUCCGUUGAAUUAGUUGGGCCACUGUAGGGCCGUUGAGUUACCUCUAAAGCCGGUCCAUGAGAUCAACUUAACUUUUUUUUUUUUUUUUUCUUUUCUGUUUUUUUUUUUUUUUUUUUUUUUUGACAAAAAAACAACUUAACUAAAACUGAUUUUGUAUUGGUUGUCUAAAGUAGCUACUAGCUACAAGUGGUGCAAAGACAAAAUGUUGCUAGCAUUUUCUAUCUAUCUAUUUAAUUUAACCUCCCCUAUUCUCACCAGUUGUAUCCAAUUUAAAAUGUUGAAAAUCUAUAGAAGAUUUAAGUUUUAUGACAAAUUUUUCCGAUGCGCCAAUAAAGACGCGAGUGAACUUCACGCGCUGGACACACAUUAUAUUUUCUUUUCUCAAUAAAUCAUUAUUAAAUUAAAUCCCUACAAAGGUUAAUUAAUUAGGUGUUUUGUCGGUUUCGAAAAUUAGGUUAUUUUCAAUAAAAACAUAUGUGUUAUGGUCAGAUUUACUAUUAUCUUGAUAUUGUGUAUUGCUAACUACUAAAAUCUUUUUGUUCCUAACUUCCUAUCAUAGGGAGUUAUUCUAUAUAUGAGCAAAUUCAAUAAUAUGUCUCUAUGAAAAACUUAUCUCACGCGUCAUAAGAUAGAGCGUGAGCACACGCGCUCACAUAUAAUCUAUCUAUCAUAGUAAAUUUAUGCAAUCUAUGUUUGUUUACCUUAAAUUGUCAUUAAACUCUCAAUAUCCUUAGAUCUUUUUCUGUUUAUAUGACUUACCCAUUUAAUUACAUUUCUUGAUUCACCUUCUCAUAUACAAACAAGAGUUAAAAAUAAGAAAGCCUUAGGUUUUGACUAAGCUUAGCCAAAAUGAUUAUGGUGUGUAAUAGAUCUUUAGAUUUUAUUAAUAAACACUCUUUGACACGUUUUGCUCAUAAUCUCACUAUCUUAAACCCAAAACAUACUCCUCUUAGAUUUUCACUCCCCAAAAACCUAUAUAAGAAGACACUCUCCACAACAUAAAAGAUCAUAGUAACAAGAAGAUCUUAUAACAAGGCUUCCCUUUCAAAGAGAAAAUCAACACCUUCUUGAGCGAAAUGGAUGACUUGAAUGUUUUUGCGAAUGAAGACAAUCAAGUGAAUGGUGUGAAGCCCACACCUCCACCGCGAGUAUGUGCAAGGUGUGAUUCUGAUAACACCAAGUUUUGUUAUUACAACAACUACAGUUUGCUUCAACCGCGCUACUUCUGCAAGAACUGUCGUAGAUACUGGACUCAUGGUGGGACUUUAAGGAACGUACCAAUUGGUGGAAGCUCUCGUGCCAAGCAGGCAAGGGUAAAUCAACCUUCGGUUGCUCGGAUGGUUCCUGUUGAGAUCCAACCAGUUAACCAUCAACCUUUCUUGAAUGUCCAAGAAAACAUUAAUUUUGUUGGACCUUUUGGUGCUUCAUCUUCAUCUUCUGAUGCUGCUGUUGGGAACCAUUUCGGUUCUUUGUCUGAUAUUCAUGGUGGUAUGGUAACAAAUGUGCAUCCAACUCGAACUUUCCGACCAAAUCAUCGCUUAGCUUUCCCUGAUGGAUCAUUUGAGCAAGAUUAUUACGACGUCGGAUCCGAUAAUCUUAUGGUCAACCAACAAGUUGGUGGAUAUGUUGAUAAUCACAACGGUUAUUACAUGAAUCAAGUGGAGCAACACCAGUGGAACCAGAGCUUCAACAACACUAUGAACAUGAAUCACAAUAACGCCAGCACUAGUGGAAGUAGCAUAGGAUCUGACAUGAACGUGAACAACGAUAACAACAAGUACAGAUACCUCAACUCUGUGAUUAUGCAUCCUUAUCAUUUGGAGAAGGAUGGUCCUUGAAUCUUAACCAUAUUACCUGUUUUUCUUUUUCUAAUAAAAUAAGUCAAUGUCUCAGUUUCAUUUGGAGUCUCAGUUUCUCUUUUAUGUUUUCUAUUUAUUUCAAGUUAUUAAAGUUUGUGUCGUUGUGGUUCGUCUAAUCUAUUGUAAAAUAAUAUAUUUAUCUAGUAAUCACCAUUUCUUUGUUUUGCAAUUUGCUUCUUUCUUGA